AUGGCAAGAUCAUCAUCAUGGCAUCGAAUGUCCAAUUUCUUGAGAAAAUAUCGAAAAUUUCCUCAUUCCUCCUUCAAAACCAAAUGGAACGAGAAUCUCAAGCAGAAAUACGCAAUGGAAGAGCUAAAAAGCAGUCUAAUCUCAGAUUCAGAGGACGGUGUCGGUGGUUGUGUUAUACGAACACUCGUAAGCUCAUUCAGACUCCAUAACUGUGAGCCCACGCCUCAAGCUUACAGAUUUGUUAUCAAAACCUUAGCUAAAACCUCUCAGCUUGACAACAUCGCAUCUGUUCUCAAUCAUCUUGAAGUCUCUGAGAAGUUCGAUACACCUGAAUCCAUUUUCAGAGAUGUCAUCUCUGCUUAUGGUUUCUCCGGUAAGAUCGAAGAAGCGGUCGAUGUUUUCUUCAAGAUCCCUAAUUUCAGGUGUGUGCCUUCUGCUUACACGCUCAAUGCUUUGCUUUUGGUUCUUGUGAGGAAAAGAGAGAGUCUUGGAUUGGUUCCUGAGGUUUUGGUGAAAGCUAGUAAGAUGGGUGUGAGGUUAGAGGAAUCUAGUUUGAGGAUUUUGAUUGAUGCUCUCUGUGGAAUCGGUGAGGUAGAUUGUGCUACUGAGCUAGUGAGGUACAUGAGUGUUGAUUGUGUUAUUGUUGAUCCGAGGUUAUACUCUCGGCUGCUUAGUUCUGUAUGUAAACACAAGGAUUCGUCUUGUUUCGAUGUUCUUGGAUACUUGGAAGAUUUGAGAAAGACUCGGUUUUUACCAAGUUUGCGGGAUUAUACAGUCGUUAUGAGGUUCUUGGUUGAAGGAGGAAGAGGUAAAGAAGUUGUGAGUGUGCUGAAUCAGAUGAAAUGUGACAGAAUCGAGCCUGAUAUUGUUUGUUAUACAGUCCUGUUGCAAGGUGUGAUUGCGGAUGAGGAGUAUUCGAAAGCAGACAAGUUUUUUGAUGAGUUGCUCUUGUUGGGUUUAGCUCCUGAUAUUUAUACCUAUAAUGUGUAUAUUACUGGCUUAUGCAAGCAGAACGAUGUUGAAGGCGCGUUAAAGAUGAUGUAUUCGAUGAACAAGCUUGGUUCUGAGCCUAAUGUAAUUACUUACAAUAUAUUGAUUAAGGGAUUGGUUAAGGCCGGGGAUCUGAGUCGAGCUAAGACUCUAUGGAAAGAGAUGGAGACAAAUGGAGUUAACCGGAACAGCCACACGUAUGAUAUUAUGAUUAGCGCAUUUAUAGAGGUAGACGAUGUUGUUUCUGCUCAAGGUUUUUUGGAGGAAGCGGUUAACAUGAACGUGUUUGUCAAGUGUUCAAGAACUGAGGAAGUCAUUAGCAGGUUAUGUGACAAAGGCUUGAUGGAUAAAGCAGUUGAACUUUUAGCACACAUGGUGUAAGGGCUAUGGAUCAACUCUAAAUUAGUUUGUAAAAUUUGAUGGUAUUUGGUCUUAUGGAUGAUUGUGUUAGAACUUGAGAAAAGGGAAAUUAGUUUGUUUGUGCAAUGAUUUGAGAAGAGUUCAAAACUACAUGUUCGAAGCAAAAGAGAAAUCUUACAAAUGUUAUUUA